ACUACAUCCAAGCAUCGCUUACAUUGACGACUAGGCCAGCAUUGACCCGACGUUUCGUCUAAAAUGUGGAAACACUAGACUGGUGAUAACUAAUCCUCGACUGAACGGGUCAAAUCAAAAGUUUCUGAAUGUUUUGGUUAGAAAUGUCGGUGUCAGAUUUGAAUAUACACAAAUAACGCAUGUAAUCGGCAUCAGCUUUGCCGCAGAUCCGAAUACUAAAAUGGCGACUGGCAAAAUGUCAUUUAACUACUAUCAAAAUGGCAAGUAUGGAUUGCUGCCUCAUAAUCCGCAGAAGGACAUGGAGGUUACGCAGGAUAUGCAUCUUAAAAUGUCCAAAAAAAUUGCCCAGCUUACUAAGGUGAUCUAUGCUCUCAACACUAAAAAUGAUGAGAAUGAAGUAGUUCUUCAGAUUUUCAAAGAUCAGCAUGAAGAAGAAAAAAAGAGUCUUUUAGCUGAUAUGGAAACAAAAAUAAAACAUUACAGGAGUAAGCUGGAGGAGGAAAGUGACCAUCGACGACAAAUGAACAUUCUACAGACCCGCAUAAGUGAUUUUGAGCAACAGCAAAGCUCAGUGGAAGAACAAAUAGCUCAGCUCAAAGAAGAGGCAAAAGCUCGCGAGCAGCUGCUGGAGGGGUCAUACUCACGACAAAUGCAGCAACUGACGCAAGAUGUGUUGCGAGCCAAACGGGAAUUUGAAGAGCACAUGGAGGGCUUUGAAGCGUGGAAAAUGCAAGCAGAGAAAAAACACAUGACAGAACUUCAAGAAGUAGAAAUCAAGCAUGCCCAAGAGCUUGAGCAACUGAGGAGCUUUCAGCGUAACCAGGAUACAGAGUGGUUGAACCAGUGUGCAGUGAUUGAGGAAAAAUAUAGUGAUGAAAUCAGACAGCUGAAAGAGAAGCUGGAAGCUUCUCAUGUGGAGAGACUCAAAAUGGAAGAGGACUAUGUUGAAAAGCUAGCCAAAGCCCAAGCAUUUUAUGAACAAGAAUUAAAGGCCUUGCAGCAGAGUGAGACUUCCAGUUUCGAAGGAGAAUUAAAUGCUUUGCGGGUCCAGCAAGAGAAACUGAGGAAUGACUUCUCGGCACAAGAGAGAGAGCUUCGAAAACAGAUAGACAGUCUGGUGCGACAGCUUGCAGAUGCUGAGGACCUUGCAGAUGCUUUGAAACAAGAAAAUGAGAAACUGACGCAAGAAAUGAAAAGCAAGGACAGCAGCGCAGAAUCCACAGUCCAGCAGCUUCAGCAAGCUCUGCAGAACAAGGAAGCAGCUUUAGUUCAGCUGCAGGAUGUAGAAAGAAAUCUUGCAGCCUCAAAAGAGCGCUGUUUAGAUCAAGCUGCAGAUCUUCUCAAAAAGUCUGCUCUCAUUGGUGAGCUGGAGGCUCACAGGGUGCAGAGAGCAGCACAGGUGGAGGAAAUGAUGAAACAAAUUGAGCACCUGAAGCAGGAGCUGAGCCGUGCAGAAGCAGAGCAGAAAACUCUACAGCUGUGUCAGAAAUCUCAAACCACAGAGCAGGUGUCCCAGCUUGAGUUUCUCAAGCAGAGGAUUGAAGAGCUGUCUGUGGAGAGGGAAGUGACAAAGCAGAGACAUGAGCGUGAGAUUCACAGCUUGAAAAAGGCCAGUGAAGAGCAUUUGCAUCAAGUCCAGACUUCACUGCAAGAGAAAUUAGCAGCAAUAGAGAAACAACAUUUGGAGGAAAAAGAGAAGGACAGAAAGGCCGCUCUUGAUGAUUUGCAGCAGAGUAAACAGGAUCUGGAGGCCAAGUUUUGGGAAGAAAAGACUAAGCUGAAUGAUGAGAAAAAUUCUAUUCAAGCAGAAUUUGAACAAGUUAAGGCAGAGCUGCUGGCCAAGUGCAAACAGGCAGAAGAGGAAGUGGCUCGACUUAGCUCCCUGGUGCAGGAGAGCGAGAAUGGUCUUGGUGCUGCUUCAUCCCACAUCAGCAGCUUGAAGGAUGCAGCUGCCACCUUGAAGGCCGAACUUGACAAAACUCGCACAGAACUGAAGAACACAAAACUCCACAGUGCCAGUCUUCAGGUGGAACUUGACAAGCUGCAGCUUCUCUACAACACCAAGUCGGCGGAGUGGCAGCUCGAACUCAAGUCUCUCCUGGAGUCGCUGGCAGCGGAGCUGGACGCUAAAUGGGCGGAAACGAUGAGGACGGAGUGCAGCAAGCUGCGACAGGAAGUCACGGCGCAGAAGGAUGACGAGCGACGCGCGGCGCUGGAGCAUCUGGCCCGCCUCAAGGACGAGGAGAUGGUCACCGACAGGGCGGGCCUGGCCAGCCACAUCACCUACCUCAAGGGACAGGUGUCUGAACUUAACCACAAGCUUGACCUUGCACACUCGUCGCGGGAAGAUGACAAGAACAACAUGCAGGCAGCUCUGGAGGUGGAGAGGGCCAGGCUGGAGGCAGAACUGCACAAGGCGCAGCAGGAUCAUAAGGUAGCAGUCCAGGAGCUUGAAGAGAAGCACCAGAACUCCCUCCUCCAAACCAUACAGCAAAAAGAUGCUGAGAGAGAGGAAGGGGAGAAGGCAUUGAAAGCAAUCCACUUGGAAGACAUGCAGGCUCAGCUGUCAGCACACAAGCUGGCCUUGGUGGCCGCAAAAGAGGAGGCAGAACAGCUUCUGAAGGCCCGACUGAAGGAUGUGCAAGAAGCCCACUGCCUGAAGCAAGGCCAACUGCAGACUGAGCUAGAGGAGAGGCAUGAGGAAAUCUUAAGAAAAGUGCAGAGGGAUCAUGCCUCUGUCAUACAGGCGGCCCGUUUGGAGCUAGACAGAGCUGUGGAGAUCUCUAAACAGAAGACACGUGAUCACCAGCUGCAGGUGCAGGAGCUGCAGGAAAAUAUCAGUCAGCAUGAGACACACAUCGUCAAGCUCAAGGAUGAAGUCAGGAAGCUGCAGGCAGGCAUCAGCUCACUUAAUGUCAUCAUCGUUCAGAAAGAUCACGAUGCUCAGCAAGCACAGGUUGAUGCAAAAGAACAUCUGAGACAAGUUGAAGAACAGUUAAAGAAGGAACAAAUUAGAGCAUUGGAUAACCAGGCUGCUGACCACAAGCAUGAACAUGAGAUGAUGAUCGUACAGUUUAACAAAGCACAGGAAAUUCUCAAAGAUAAAAUAUCAGAGCUUCAGAUACUACUUUUGGAAGCUGAAGAGCGGUACCGCCAGAGAGAUUCCCGUCCCGAAGACCUGGAGCUUAUCCACCAACUGAGACUGGAAGUACAGGAGAGAGAACUACGAGUUGCACAACUCAUUGAGGAGAAGCGGUUUUAUCAGUUGGAGCUGGUCAACAGGGAAACAAAUUUCAAUAAAGUUUUUAGUUCUUCCCCAAAUGUAGGCCUCCUUAACCCCCUGCAGCUCAAGAACAAGAAGAAGGGAGCGGAGGGUGUACCUGCCAAAUAUUUGAGUGCACCCUCUCUUGGAGCGCCUACCCGACUUGAUCCACUCCCUGGCUCGCCCAUGCAUGACAGCAUCCUCAACCCCACCAAGCCCCUGCCACAACCUGCCUUCACAAAAAAAUUUGUUAGAUGAAUAGUUCCUUCUAACAUAUAAAUACGAAAGUCUUUUUCCAAGACCCAUAGGAUACUGAACUUUUUUAAAUUCUAAAGUAAAAAUUCCACUUCAAUUAGAUACAGACAAAUGCUAAAACUUUCAAUCAGGUUCCCCUAUGGAAUGGAAUAAUCAGAUCAAGAUCACAGCAGUCUGUGUGUUGGUAUUAGAUGUUCGUUCUGUAACUUAUGAAGAUUUGUUUUCAGGUAAAACAUUCAAUGGUAAUGAAAUCAAAGAGAGACUAAUAGAAGAUGCCUGACCUUGGAGAGCUGGUGUGUCCCUGAGCAACAUGGCUACAAAUGUAACUUUGGUUUGGCAGACUUAAAACUUCUUAAAACUAGUAUCAAAAAUCCAUUCCCCAGUGGCUUUCAUUUCCAGCAAGUACCAUAGUUGAUGACUGUAUGUGGUAUGCUUGGUACAACUGUCCUUAAUUAAGGAGAAAUGUGCUGUCAUUUGACUGUAAACAAAGUCAAAAUAUAGCAGGAUUUACCUAGCAGCAUCUGGUCAAAUCCACAAAGAGAUGAAUUUAUCUGUAACUCUGGAAACACUUCAUUUUAGUUGUCUGUUCUUGUUUUGGUCUUAUAUUUUCAUUCUGUCAGAAAUUAUGUCAACAAAACUUUGUCUUUGUGAACAAGCUCCCUUUCUGUAAAUUUUACUUAAUGACUUCUCUUGAAAAACUACUUCCUAUUUCUGUGUUUGAUUUUUAUAUCUGAUUUUUCCCCCUCUUCCUCACUUUGUUAUGGCUUUUUUGAAUUUCUAGCAUGCUAAUGAUUUUGCUUCCAUGUGUUAUAGGUAGCAGAAUCCCAUUUUUAGCCUUUGCCAUCAGGCCAGUUGAGGACUGUUUAAAAUUCCAUAUACCAUUUUUUCCAGAUUUUUUGUCUGUUGUCAGUGUAGCAAGAAAAACCAUUUUCUGACAUAAACUGUCCAGUAUUGUUAUGUAAUAGAUACUUUUCUUAUGCAGACUGUGAACCUCUGAUUGCAUGAAAGUAGGAGACAGAUUGGCGAAUGGAAGAAAGUACCUUUUAUGUGAUUCUGAAAAUCAUCAUCACAUGUAAACAUUGAAAGUCCCAGUCAGUUUGCUGACAGUAUUCAGUGUCAUAUUUAUGAAGCCCUAGAGUCUACUGUCUGUUAUGGUUGUGUGAAGUUUGUGUUUAUCUUUGUGCAUGCAUGUGUGUGUUUUUAUAGCAUACACAUGAAAAAACUUGCACUCGUGUGGGUGAGCUAAAAAGAAACUGUGUGCCUGUGCAGUUAUGCCGGUCUGUAGUUCUUUUUCUUGAGUGACUCAUGGACAGAAAGAUGUCUUUUUACGCAAAGAUCUUUAUUUUUUUACUCAUCUCCAAAGCCAGUUUGUAUAUACAGUUGUGUGUAUUAUACACUGUUGACAUCUGUUUCUUAGUUCCAUAAAUCUGCUGCUGAUACAAGUGUGCCAAUAUUUUUUCCUGACUCCGUCCUCUUAUACCAUAUUGACAUUUUACAAAAUGGGCUGUUUUUGCUUUUAUACAUUUAUUAGGUGAUAAAGAUUGUCUUUUUCAAAUAUUAACCCAUGUUUUACCUUUGAUCUGAUCUUGGUGAACUUGACGCACAAUGUUGAUACCCUAAAGUGGUUACUUUUCUUGCUGAAAGAGAUUUGAGUUUAUAGGUGGCUAGGUUCUUCAUCCCUGAUCCCUUUUAUUUUCCCUAAAGAAAAAUCUUUAUCUCUCUAAUGUUACCUAUGACUGAGAUUUUCUUGUUUAGAGGGUAUUUCUAUGAUGAUUACUGGUAGAUGCAUAUUCUUGUGUGUAAGGACUUGUAAAUCUCCCUGUAGCAUUUUAUAGUUGUAUUUACUGUAUUUUCCGGUGUAUUUUCUAUGUCUUAAUGACUUCUAAGGAAACUUCAAAGAUGGGUCUUGGCAUCCCACACUAUAUGACAAAUCAUAAAGACUUUAUUUUUCAGACACUGCAUGGACUGAUUGCUUUUUACCUCCUGUGAUCUAUAUAAUAAAAAUUUCUAAAACUAAA